AUGGUAGAAGAGAAGGCCGUCGGGGCCACCGACGUGGAGAAGGCCAGGGCGAUUGAUCCGACGCUGGAGAAGCAUGCUCACGAUGCGGAUGAGGCCCUGAAGGCCUUUGAUGAGCUUCAUGGCGAAGCGAUCGAGUUGGACGAAGCGACAAAUCGGAGGCUGUUGAGGACUAUUGAUUGGCAUAUGAUGCCGAUUAUGUGCUUUAUCUAUGGCAUGAAUUAUCUGGAUAAGACUACGCUAUCCUAUGCGAGUAUUAUGGGGAUCAAGGAGGAUCUGAAUCUUGUUGGUGAUCAAUAUCAAUGGCUCGGGAGUUUGUUUUAUUUCGGUGAGACUUUGUACUUUAUGCUUGUGUUUGGGGGGAUGGGAGCUUACGGGCAUUUAGGGUACCUGGCGUGGGAGUACCCGACCAACCGCUUACUGCAGCGGUUGCCGCUGGGCAAGUACUCCGGAGUUUGUAUUUUGAUGUGGGGGAUUAUUCUCAGCUGCUUUGCGGCUGUCAAGACCUUCUCGGGGGCAAUUGCCAUUCGCUUCUUCCUGGGUGUGUUUGAAGCGGCCGUUACGCCUGGCUUCGCGUUGUUGACUUCGCAGUGGUAUACGAAGAGAGAACAGGGCAGUCGCGUCAAUAUCUGGUUCAGCUUCAACGGCAUCGGCCAGAUCGUCGGUGGUUGCGUCGCGUACGGAAUCGCCGUCGGCACCGCGAAACACGGAUCGUCGAUCGCACCGUGGAAGAUCAUCUUCCUGGUCACCGGUCUGUUGACUGUUGUGUUGGGCUGUGUUUUCUUGUGGAUUGUGCCUGAUAACCAGCUGAAUGCGCGCUGGCUGAAGAAGGAGGAUCGCAUUUUGGCCAUUGCCCGAGUGCGCAUCAAUCAGCAGGGUAUCGGUAACAAGCACUUCAAGCUGUACCAGGUCAAGGAGGCGCUCUUGGAUCCGAUGAGCUGGGCCUUCUUCUUCUAUGCGCUGAUUGUGGAUAUUCCAAAUGGCGGUAUCUCAAACUUUUUCAGUCUAUUGAUCAAGAGCUUUGGCUUCACUGACCAACAGAGUCUAAUUCUCGGUGUCCCGGGAGGCGCAGUCGAAGUCGUCGCUCUGCUGCUGAACGGCUACAUGGGCCAUAUCACCAACCAGCGUAUUCUCUGCAGUCUGGGCGGACUUGUUUGCGCCAUGCUCGGAAUGAUCCUGAUCGUUGCUCUUCCCCAGAGCGACAACACGGGUCGCCUGAUCGGUUACUACAUGACCCAAGCCAGCCCAACCGCGUUCGUGGCCCUUCUAGCCAUGAUUUCCUCCAACGUGGCGGGAUACACCAAGAAAACCACGGUCGCAGCCAUGUACCUAAUCGGAUACUGUGUCGGGAACAUUAUCGGCCCGCAAACCUUCCGUCCGAAAGAUGCCCCGCGCUACGUCCCCGCCGAAAUUACCAUCAUCGUCUGCACGGGUGUGUGCAUCGGCAUCAUGUGCUUUAUCUGGUGGUGGUACCGCAAGGAGAAUAUCCGAAAAUUAGAAAUCCAAUCCCGCCCUGACUACGUGCGACUGGAAAAUCAGGAGUGGCUCGACCUAACGGACCGGGAGAAUCCCGAUUUCAUGUACUCGCUGUGA